AUGAUUAACUCAUAAUUAUUUGAUUCAAGAAGAGAAAUUGAAUAAUUUAAAUUAUAGUUAGGGAAAUUAGAAGGAAUAGUUAAUAUAUCUUAACCAAAUUCAAAAUAAAAUAUAAUCUUAUUGAAAUAGUUAUAGAAUAAAGUGAAUAAUUUAGAAUAGAAUUUAGAAUAGAAAGUUAAUGCUAUGUGUUCUAAUGUAAAAUUGUAUUUGAUUAAGAUUAUAAUUCCAGACAUCUAACCUUAAAAAUUACCAGAGUUAACUGAAAUGCAAAGAAAAAGGGCAGUUUCAACAGAUGUGCCAAACCAUAGUAUGAAUAUAGAAAAGAAUAUAUUUUUAUAAGGAAACAAGGCAAGUAGAUAUUCAAAAAUGAAUAAUUUUAAAUAGUAAUCAAUUCUAAAUGAGUAUAACGAUGAUUCGUUAAAAUAAAAGAUAGAUCUAAGUUUUGAAUAAUCUUAACAACAUCAUUAAACUUCUUUUUAAAUCAUUCAUAAACCAUAAAAAUAAAGAACUUAAGUAUUACUAUUUGAUUGUCCAGCUCCUAAACCAAUUAAGAAAGUAGAAAAAAAAUAGUUUUAAUUUAUGAUUCAAAAAGGCAAAAGAAUUUAGGCUGUUGAACUUUUAGCAUUCAGAUAAAAGAAUUUACAAGAAUGGAAUCUAAUAAAUGCAAUUAUAUAAAGAAUGGAAUCUAUUAAUAUUAAAUAUCAAUGUCCUACUUUUUUUGUUGAUGGCAGAUCAAUAAUUCAUUUAAUUCAUUCAAAAAGAACCAUUACUUUAUCUGAUAUUGUUAAAUGCAUAUAAAAUAAAGAUGAAAUCAUUCCAUAUUUAUUUCCACGAUUGUUUAUUGGACAAGAUGGGUAUGAAUUAUCAUUAAUAACAGCUUAGAACGAGCAGCUGAAAAAAUCUAGGCUGCAUUUAAAGGCUAUAUAUAAUAUAAGAGAUUUUAAGAACUUAGAACAUUAUAUAAAAGUGCAAUUUGUAUAUAAAAGUAUUUUAGGAGAAAGCAACAAAAGGAGAUGACAAAAUAAAAAAUAUUUUAAAGAACAAACUCCAUUUAUAAAGAAUUCUUAUAAAGAUAAGCUAAUUUUUAAGUAUAAAUGAUAAUUCUAUAUUAGGAUAAUUGGAAUCAAUAUAAAUUGUAUUAAAGAGUGGAAAUACACUUAUCAUCAUUAAAUUAUUCAGAAUAUUAGAGGUUGACUAUGGAUAAAUUUAUAUAAAAAGAGAAUUCAUAAAUAAGUAGGAUUUUUAGAGCAAUAGAUCCAUAAGUAGAAAUUAUAUAUAUAUGUGCAUAUGAAUAAGAUAAAGAUAUAUUAAUGUACUAUGAAAGAGUAAGAUUUAUUCAUAAGAUAGAUUUUUGAAAUGCAUUAAGUUUCAUUUAAAAGAGUUAGAUUUUUAACUCCUGAAAAUGCUGAUAAAUUCAAUACACAUAUGAGUUUAUUAUAGAAACUAAUCUAUUCUCCAAAAUGUUUAAAAUAAAUAAGAAAAAUAAUAGAAAAUAAAUUAGCUAUGAUAAUUCCAGGAUAUCCUUCAAAUGAAUUUAUUCAACUAUGUCAUAUGUUAAAUGUACCACUUUAUAGUGGAUAACCAUAAAAUCAUUUAUUAUAUUCUAGUUAAUCUGGAGCAUAAGUGUUAUUUAGUAAAUGUAAGAUACCAACAUCUCCAGGAGCAUCUGAAAUAUAUGAUGAAAUUGAACUAUAUAAUACAUUAACAGUAUUGAUAGUGAAGAAUAGAAAUAUAAGAAUUUGGAUUUUUAAAAUAGAUUGUUCUUUUGGAGGAAGAGGCGUGGCUACAAUUAAUAUUAGUACAAUCCCUGGAUUAAAUUAAUUAUUAAAUUGUAAUGAACAAGAAUUAGAUGAAAAUACAAUAUCUGCUAUCAAGUAUAAUAUAAUAAUAGAUAGGUAAAUUAUCAAAACAUAAUUACCACUUAAAUUAAAGAUUGCAGUUAAAUCUUUAUAUUAAUCAUAUAAAGAAUAUAUAACUGCAUUUUUAACUUCAGGUGGAAUAGUAGAAGCAUUUCCAACUUAAGAUAGAUUGAAAAUACAAAAAACUUCAAUUAGUUUUCAUGUUAGUCCAUAAUAUGAAUUUGAAGAAAUAUGUACAUAUGAUAGUUAUUCUGCUCAUCAUUAUGUAUAAACUCUACAUUGUAAAAUAUUAAUAAUAUUUAAAUAAAGUAUAUCCAUCAAUUACUUAAGCUAUUGAUAAUAAUAAAAUUUAUGAAGAAAUGAUAAUAUUUUUGAAAUAAAAAAAAAUGUUUGGAUAUUUCACUCUUCAUUUAAUUUUAUUUGACAAUCAAUUUUGGGCUAUUGGUUUAGAUAGUUACUUAAAUAUUGCUACAAGUAUCAAUUUUUAUUUCAGAUGUUUAAAUAAAAAGUAAACUCGAUUUUAUUUAUAUUCUCCUUAUGUUAUUCAUCCAGGAUUAUAAAAAAUAUCAAUAAAGUAACUUUUUUCAACUUGCAGAAUGGAUUAGGUAUAAUAUGAAACAGAAUAUUAAAGAGGUCAAACUUUCUUAUUUACAGACAUAUUGUAAUCUUGUAUGGUUUAAAUGAUUUCAGUGCAUGAGAAUAUCCAAAAAUGCAUUUCGUAAUUUGAUGAAUAAUUAAAAGUGCUUUUUAAAAUUGGAGGAUAAUUAAAUGUAAAUUAUGGAGAAUCCAUAUAUGAAUCUAGAAAUGAUUCAAUAAAUAUUUUGGAUGUUCAGGGAGCUUUAAAAAUGCUAAGAAGAAAAUUAUUAAAUUAACAAUGA